AUGUGGAGUCCUUACGCUGACAAAGAUCUGCAUCUUUUUCUCCCCAUGACCGAGCCACGCGAAUACCUAGUAGGGAUUCACGAGUUCAUAGGCCGUAAUGUGGAUGAGCUCGAUAUACGAAAGGGCGAAUACGUUGAAGUGAUCGAGGAUGACCGCGAGUUUGGAGACUCCUGGUACAUUGGCCGCAAUUUGAACACAGGCAAAUCUGGGCUGUUCCCCAAAGUGUUUACUGCUUCGGUUGCUGCACCUCCGCGAGAUCUGCUGGAGUAUGCCACGAAUCUCCCUGAUCCAGAGUUUGAAUUUGGCGACACACAAGACCCCCAAAUUGAGCGGGCGCAGCCCUCACAUCUGGCCGCCGCCGCCCCCGCAACCCAGAGCGUCCCGGUUCCUCCUGCGCACUAUAGGCUGAAUGGAAGUAAGGAAAGCGUUACUGGGUCUGAGUCUACGGGGUCUGAGUAUGGGCGUUCCAGCAACAGCGUGUCAAAAGCCGGUCUAUCUGUCGAUACUUCGGGCCAUGUCCCCAUUCAACAGCAACAGAACCAUUCGUCCGCGAGUGUAGGUGCACUUUCAGCAAGUGUUACGGCAACUAUGAGCGAUAUAGACGCCGCCAUUUCAGAAAUCGCCGCACAGGGCCCGUCUCUCGACGCGAUCGGGUUUUGGACGCCCCACGAUGUGCAGCAAUACCUUCUUUCCAGAGGCUACGACGCGGCUACCGCCCAUGCAUUUGUGAAACAUCGAAUCACGGGAUUGAUUCUACUCGAGCUGGACCUGGCACAUUUGAAAGAGAUCGAUAUUACCAGUUUCGGGACCCGAUUCGAAAUCUCAAAAGAGAUCAAGUAUCUCAAUCGUGUUGUCGAGCAAACCGGCCAAGUGUUACCGGCGGCAAGUACACCUACCUUACCGCAGGUAUCGCAGGUAUCGCCUAUCCAACCCAGUGAGGCGGGCGAAGAUCAGCCCUCGACUCCGUUGUCCGCGCCCACCAACGUUGCUUGGAAUGGUGAUGGACCCCAUCAACUUAGAUCGCCCUUCUCAGAUUUCCCAGAAACCCCUACUGGCGACUUGUCAAAACCCCAAUCUGACUUGCCAGCUUUGCAGUCGCCUCUGAAUGCUACGACACCAGCAACUUCAGGCACCGUCGUGGGGCGCCACAAAUCCAUGAGAUCUUCUGAGUUUGAGGGCCUGGAGCGUUGUGAAACGCCCCUCUCUGAGUCCUCUGAGCAUAAUGUCAAAGAAAAUGAGAAAACCCAAAUCCAAGCACCACCACUUUCAACCCCUACAAGCACUACGAACCCGCAGGCGGGUCAUCUGUCUCCGGCUGCAGCGGCAGCGGUGGCCGCUUGGUCUCCAAACACCCCUACAUUGCAAAGCCAGGCAAGCCAGUUUAGCCACCCGAAUCAAUCGGGCGCGGGCAGCCGUAGACCAAGCCACAAAAGCAGCCACAUUCGAAGUGCCUCGCACAAUUCAUUGGAAAAACCAGAGAGCCCAUCAUCACAAACCACGCCUCCCGUGCGGCCCGACCGACCGAAGCGUAACAACACGCUUAAAAAUUUCCGUUCUGCGUCUUCACAGUAUCUCCGGCCGAAUUUGGUCAAGCAGAAAACUUCAGCAUUCACUGAAGGUAUUCAGCAGACCACAGCAGAAGAAAGCGCACGAACAGCCCAAUGCUCGGGUUGGAUGCAAAAGCGGGGCGGCAUGGGAGUCGGCACCUGGAAGCAGCGGUUUUUCACUCUACAUGGCACUCGGUUAUCUUAUUUUACUGCAUUCACUGAUGAUAAGGAACGUGGGUUGAUUGAUAUCACAGGUCACAGGGUAAUGGCUGCUAAAGAAAAUGAAGACAAGCUUAUUUCUCUCUAUGCGGCUGGAGUUGGCGCAGGACGCUAUUGUUUCAAGCUUGUGCCCCCUGCUCCGGGCUAUCGCAAGGGCGUCAGUUUCACUGCCCCCAAAACGCACUAUUUCGCGUGUGAGACAAAGGACGAAAUGAGAAAUUGGAUCUCUGCUCUUAUGAAGGCCACUAUUGAACGCGACGAGUCUGUCCCUGUUAUCUCGUCGUGCACAACUCCCUCUGUGAGUCUUCCUCGCGCCCAAGAGAUUGUUGCCGAGCGCUUGGCUGCCGAGCUGUCCGAAGAGUCUGGGGAAGAUACACAAUCUAUUCCUUCGUCUCAACCGAAUACUGAUACCCCUCCUCAAACGCCUGCUUUUAGUAUGCAAAGCAGCCAUUCAGGCUCCGCAGGCACCGGCAAGUGA